AUGGGUAAGGGGUCAAAGAGCUCAAGGAAAGGGAAAAAAGCAUGGAGAGCUAACAUAAGCACUGAGGACAUUGAAGAUUUCUUCGAGAAAUCCACCAAAGACGCUCUCUCCGGUGGAAACCUCUCCGCCGCUCCAAGCGAGGAACUGUUCCACGUCGACAAAUCUCAUGAUAUUCCGGUGAAACGGAAGAUUGAGAAAAACAGAGAGAAGGUGCUUAGAUGUGACAGUGUCUUAAAGAAGAACCCUUUUGUUCAGGUUGUGUCAUCUUCGAAACCCAAGUCGAAGAUUAGUAAGAAGAAGACAAACGUUGUAGAAAGAAAAACACCUAAACAAGCUCAAAAGAAUGUUGAUGACGGUUCUGUAAUGAUGGACUUGUGGGGUGAUGAUAAUAAUAGUGGUAUGUUUAGUAUUCAAAAAUUGACUUCGACAAUUCCAGCAGUAGAAGUUGAUCCUGCAGGAUGCUCAUACAACCCUACAGCUGAGAGUCACGAGGAUAUGUUGGCUGAAGCAGUUGCUCAAGAAAUGCAGAAAGUUUACAAAACUGAGCUAGGGCCUGAACCGGUUCCUUUGACUAUUGAUGGAGACGCAAACAUUGAAGACGAGGCUGGUCUUUUGAGUGUAUGUAAUAGAAUAAUUAAUGGGAAGAGUGCCUACUUUCUUGGUGUGGACAAUGGUAGCGAAGGUGAAGAGGAAGCAGACGCUGAAAAUGAAGUUUCUGAGGCUGGGAAUAAACUCCCAAGAACAACGAAGAGGGUAACCCGCGUGGUAUUGAAUAAGCGAUCUAGGCAAAAGGCGUUGCGAAAGUUGGAGACGAAAGAAAAGUUAAAAGAGAAGAUAUCAAAGGAAAUUGAUAGAUUUGAGGCUCCUCCUGUGCAAGUCCUCUUAACAGAAGAGAUGACUGGUUCACUUCGUAAGCUGAAGGCAUGCUGCACGCUUGCAAGAGAUCGAUUCAAGAGCUUGGAGAAGCGAGGAAUACUUGUGCCGUCAAAAAACAUUAGAAGGUAA